AUGCAGGAUGAUUUACUGAUGGACAAAAGCAAAACCCAGCCCCAGCCCCAGCAGCAGCGGCAGCAGCAGCAGCAGCAGCAGCAGCCCCAGCCCCAGCCCGAGCCCAGCGCAGCCGACGCCCCGUCCACGCCCCUCUCCUCGGAGACCCCCACGCCGGACGACAGCAGCCCCGCCGCGGCGGCCCCGCCGGCCCCCAACGGCCCCGAGAAGAUGCAGCUGGAGUCGCCGCUCCUGCCGGGCUUGAGCUUCCACCAGCCCCCGCAGCAGCAGCCGCCGCCGCCGCCGCCGCAGGACCCCGCCGCGGCGCCCGGCGCGUCGCCGCUGUCGCCGUCCUUCGGCAGCACCUGGUCCACGGGCACCACGAACGCGGUGGAGGACAGCUUCUUCCAGGGGAUCGCCCCCGUCAACGGGACCAUGCUCUUCCAGAACUUCCCGCACCACGUCAACCCCGUCUUCGGGGGCACCUUCUCCCCGCAGAUCGGCCUGGCGCAGACCCAGCACCACCAGCAGCAGCCGCCGCCGCCGCCGCCGUCCGCCCCGCAGCCGCAGCCCCCGCAGCCCCCGGCGCAGCCCGCGCCGCAGCCCCCGCAGCCGGCGCCGCAGCCCCCGCCGCAGCGCCGCUCGCCCGCCAGCCCCAGCCAGGCGCCCUUCGCGCCCCGGAGCGCCGCCGCCGCCGCCGCCGCCGCCGCCGCCGCCGCGGCGUACGGCCACCAGCCCAUCAUGACCAGCAAGCCGUCCUCGUCCUCGGCCGCCGCGGCCGCCGCCGCCGCCGCCGCCGCGUCCGCCUCGUCCGGCUGGAGCGCGCACCAGGGCGUGAGCGCCGCCGCCUGGAGCGCGCCCUCCGCCCCGUGGGGCGGCCUGCCCGCCGGCCGCGACCCCCGCCGCGCGGUCGGCGUGGGCGUGGGCGUGGGCGUCGGGGUGCCCUCGCCGCUCAACCCCAUCUCGCCGCUCAAGAAGCCCUUCUCCAGCAGCGUGAUCGCGCCGCCCAAGUUCCCCCGCGCCGCCCCGCUGCCCUCCAAGUCCUGGAUGGAGGACAACGCCUUCCGCACCGACAAUGGCAACAAUCUGUUGCCAUUCCAGGACCGGAGUAGGCCCUAUGACACUUUUAACUUGCACUCGUUGGAGAACUCCUUAAUGGAUAUGAUAAGGACUGAUCAUGAGCCUCUGAAAGGACGCAUGGGGAUAAAUUUCCAUCAUCCAGGAACAGAUAAUAUUAUGGCACUUAACAGUCGGUCUUCUCUCUUUCCCUUCGAAGACGCCUUCCUGGACGACAGUCAUGGCGACCAGUCCUUGUCCUCUGGCCUCAGCUCCCCCACUCGCUGUCAAAACGGGGAGCGAGUGGAGCGCUACUCCAGGAAGGUGUUUGUGGGAGGCCUUCCCCCUGACAUCGACGAAGAUGAGAUCACCGCCAGCUUCCGCAGGUUUGGACCUCUCGUGGUGGACUGGCCUCACAAAGCCGAAAGCAAGUCAUACUUUCCUCCGAAAGGUUAUGCCUUUCUGCUGUUCCAGGAGGAGAGCUCAGUGCAAGCUCUGAUAGAGGCCUGCCUGGAGGAAGACGGGAAACUGUACCUGUGCGUGUCCAGCCCCACCAUCAAGGAUAAACCGGUGCAAAUCCGACCGUGGAACCUAAGUGACAGUGACUUUGUAAUGGAUGGUUCUCAGCCUCUGGACCCCAGAAAAACUAUCUUUGUUGGGGGAGUUCCACGACCCCUUCGAGCUGUCGAACUGGCAAUGAUCAUGGACCGUUUGUACGGCGGCGUCUGCUAUGCUGGCAUCGAUACGGACCCAGAGCUGAAGUACCCCAAAGGUGCCGGCCGCGUGGCGUUCUCCAACCAGCAGAGCUACAUCGCCGCCAUCAGCGCCCGCUUUGUGCAGCUCCAGCACAAUGACAUCGACAAACGGGUGGAAGUGAAGCCAUACGUGCUGGACGACCAGAUGUGCGACGAGUGCCAGGGCACACGCUGCGGGGGCAAGUUCGCCCCGUUCUUCUGUGCCAACGUCACCUGCCUGCAGUAUUACUGCGAGUACUGCUGGGCCAGCAUCCACUCGCGCGCCGGCCGGGAGUUCCACAAGCCGCUGGUGAAGGAGGGCGGCGACCGCCCCCGCCACGUGCCCUUCCGCUGGAGCUGA